AUGACAGAAUUGGAGGAGAAAUCGCUUCUUCAAUAUAUGUUGGAUAUGGAUGAAAGAGGGUUUAGUCCUCGAAUAAGUGAUAUAGAAGAUAUGGCGAAUUAUAUACUCGAAACGCGGGGUACGAAGAAGGUUGGAAAGCUCUGGGCUCAUCGUUUUGUGAAACGAUAUACAGAAUUAAAGACGCGUUUUAAUUGCGUUUAUGACUUUCAAAAAGCUCUCUGCAAAGAUUCAGAGCUUAUUGAAAGAUGGUUUCGAUUGGUAUCGAAUAUGCAGACCAAAUAUGGUAUUCUGGACUGCGAUUUCUACAACUUCGAUGAGACAGGCUUUAUGAUGGGACAAAUAUCAUUAUAUAUAACAGAUAAUAAAACAGAUCUUGAAUGGAUUAAGCACUUCAACAAACAUACUGAAAGUAGGAAAAUGAGUAAAUAUCGAAUGCUAGUGCUUGAUGGGCAUGAAAGUUAUAAAUCGCCAGCAUUUCAGGAAUACUAUAAGGAACACGAUAUUAUAUUAUUUAGUUUAUCACCUCAUUCUUUGCAUUUAACUCAACCAUUCGAUAUCGAUUGUUUUGGUCCUUUAAAGUAUUCAUAUAGUCGACAAAUCGAGAACUUUAUCAAGGCGCAUAUCAUUCAUAUUACCAAAACCGAGUUCUUUCAAGCCUUCAAAGCUGCAUAUAUCGAAGCAAUAUCUAUAUCAAAUGAGCUCUUAGCUCAUGCGAAUACGCUUUUAGCUGCUGAGGUUCAUAGUCUCCGCAAAGCAAAUGAAGCACUUAGUAAACGCCGGAGAGCUAGAAAAGCUUUAAUACGAAAAGGAGGAGUACUUUCAGUAGAAGAUGAACAUAAUAUAUUAGAACAAGAGAAUGUAGAAGAUCAGAUACGACGCGAUGAAUUUACAAAUGGUGAUUCUUCAGCAAGGAGGCAAGCUACUAUACGACGAUGUAGCAAAUGUGGUAGUGCUUUACAUAAUGCACGAACUUGUCAAUUAGAUCCAGCAUUAGUUGGUCUUUGA